AGGGUGAGCGUCUAAUACAAACGAAGUUUGAAGGUUCUGCCAGAAACCUUAUACUGACAGCCUUCUGUGCUUACCUAGGGCCGUUAUGUUUUGGUUAUACAAUCGGGUACAGCUCUCCAGCUAUUCCUAUGAUGAGAAUGAAAGGACUUGUCGACGACUCUCAGGCCGCUUGGUUCGGUUCUCUGAUGACAGUCGGUGCAAUGUUUGGCGGACCAUUGGCUGGGUUGCUCAUCGAGAAGUACGGGCGUAAGCGUACUAUGUUUCUGUCGUCUUUGCCAUUUGCCGCUGGGUACGUCUUGAUACUUCUGGCUGAUAAAGGAACACUGAUGUACUUGUUUUGUGGUCGCCUGAUGACUGGACUGGCCAGUGGAAUGGUGACAGUGGUUGUGCCGGUUUACAUCGCAGAGGUGUCCACCAAGACAUUGCGGGGGGCGCUGGGCUCCGGUGUUCAGCUCUCUAUCACCAUUGGCAUCCUGUUGGCUUACAGUCUGGGCUUUGCCUUGGACCUCCGGCCCAUGGCCUGUGUUGGAAUUAUCUGUGCUACUUUGAUCGCUGCCACCAGCUUUUUCACGCCAGAAACCCCAAGGUAUCUGCUGAUGAGAAACCAGAAGGCUGCUGCCCUCAAAUCACUUCACGACUUGCGUGGCCCCCAUACUGAUGUUCAAGAGGAGUGUCGGGACAUUGAAGAUGCCCUUAGUCCCCAAGAAGGCGUCUCCUGGCGAGAUUUCUCCAAAGCAGAACUCUAUAGACCCCUUCAGAUUGCCAUUGGCCUGAUGGUCUUUCAGCAGUGCAGUGGGAUCAAUGCCAUCAUGUUCUACACUGUAUCAAUCUUUAGGAGUGCCGGAUUCAAGGAGUCUGGUGAACUAGCCACUGUUCUUAUUGGUGUUGUGCAGGUGGUGGCCACGUUGCUGUCACUCAUGGUGAUUGAGCGUGCAGGGCGACGCACCUUGCUGCUGUUCGGAGGUGCGCUCAUGACAAUAACUUGCAUUACAUUUGGUUGGUACUAUCACGCAGUGAGUGGUGUGGCUGAGUCUCAAUUGGCUGCGGGUAACCUAGCGUGGUUACCUAUCGCUAGCCUCAUCAUUUACAUGAUUGGAUUUUCCUUUGGCUGGGGUCCCAUCCCAAUGGUACUGACAUCUGAGAUUUUCCCAAGCCAGGCCAGAGGCACUGCCUGCGGAAUCUCCAUCUUCAUCAACUGGCUGUGUGGCUUUCUGGUUACCAAAGAGUUCAUCAGCCUGCAGGCAGUGCUGGGUCCUGCCAUGACAUUCUGGCUGUUUGCCAUGUUCUGUUUCCUCAGCAUGGUGUUUGUUUGGAGACUCGUACCAGAAACCAAGGGCAAAUCGCUAGAGGACAUUGAAUUGUACUUUCUGGGCAGGUCUCUGAUUCGUGGGGUUUAGGUUACCACAUGCUUUUUGGUGUGGUAUAGGCUUUAACAAGAAAAAGCCUUUUUUAGGAUCGUUUUGUAUAUCAGUGCAACAAGACUGUCCAUUGGGUUAACAUAUGCUUGGUACAUGUACAUAAGGGAAUUAUCAAAGCAUUGUUUACACAUGUAGUACUAUAGACCUGUUAAGGCCAAUUGAACAGUGAGUGUUGGGGAUUACCAGUUACUGCAAUUCAUUUUGCAAAUUAAUUUAUAAAUUAAAUUUGUAUCUUUAUGGCUGCUUUUUGGUUUGGGAACUGGGAUAGACAAAUGUAAGAUUUUUAACUUGUAUAUAGUUAGGUCUACAUGUGUGAUAUGUAAUAUCAAAUUUGAGUGUGAAAUAGAUGCAAAGUGGAGUCUCUCAAAACAGCUUGUCAUAUAUAGUGAUACACAAUAACAGAUCCAUGCAUGGUACUUAUGACUCCUGAUUUACAAUGUUUAUAAUAGAUUUCGCAUGAUUUACUCACACAUGUACAGUACGUAAACAAACAUGCAGAUGUAUUUAAUCAGGACAUGGUUUAUGCCAUUCCUAAUUUACUGGUAUAUGUUUACUCAUGGUUGCCUUGCCUAAAUUGUCAGAGCCAUUUUGAAACUACAAACACCAAUUUCAGUGGAUACAAACAGAGGCAAACCUCUCUUGGGAAUAUGAAAUUUGAAGUUGCUAUCACGUGGUAAAGUGACAUCAAUUCGUUAAAGAACCAGCUUUUCACAAUGAGCAACUGAGAAGGGGCUUAUUGACUAACAAUAAGAUGUGGGUAGAGGGGAAGGUGGGGUGCGCUUUGGUAGCUCUUUCUGUGAGUGCUCAAUGCUCACAAGUAUAUUCACAGACCAACUCUUUGGUACAUGACAAAGUUACCAUGUAAAUAACACUCAACUUUUUAAAAUAGUAACGUGGAAAGCUGGGAAGUUUGCUAAUCAUGCCACCACCAUAAAAAUUAUUUCCAGGUGUGUUUAGUGAAUUACAAGUUUUGGUAAGUGUACUUUUUUAUUUGAGAAAUGCUAUCAUCUAUAUACUGUACAUGCCCAGUGGUUAAAUAUAUGGACUGUCUGUUGUGCAGUUACCCAAACUGGCCAAAUAUCCUGGUAAUUCACUUGACUUUCUCAUAUGGAUAUUGGAUUCUUCUAUUCUGUUAUUAUUAUUUUUCUCGAAUAAAUGCCCACAUGCUUUGUCGUCGUGUCAACAUGACAAAUCUCAAGGUUGUAAACUAAAUUUACCAGACAUACAUGUACAUGUACCCUAGUGUCGCCUCUUUCUCCAGCCCUUGACAUCUGUUUCAGUAUGAGAAUACAUUGCACCAUUUACUUCAGAAGUUACCCGUUAGUUUCUGUGACCAUUUGCUUGACCAUUUAGCAAAGCUGAACCCACAUAUACAUGGACAAGGACUUCUUUCUCUCCAGGCACCUUGGCAAAUUAACCCUUCACCAAGUACGAAGUACCAGAAUGACCCUACCUGUGAUCUGCAUCAGGAACAUCAUCACACCACCAUAACUUCUGCAGUGUUUGAAGAGAGUUAUUUUAUUUUCAAAGUCAUUUUUUGUUAGAAGGAAGUCAUUUUAUUUUUACCAGAAAGGGAUACAAAAUUUUGAUUUUGAGCACAGUGAUUUUUGUUGCAAUAAAGUACUUUUUGGGAUAAAGUAAUUUUUUGCAGCGAAAUGAACAAAUUUUUUUGUUACUAGAUAGUAAUUGUGUUGCAGUAAAGUACCAGGGUACUUUUGUUGCUCUAAAGUAAUUUUGUUAUGAUAAGGUAGUUUUGUUGCAACAAAGUUAAAGUAAAUUCCAAGAAAAAAAAAACUGUGCCUGGCUCAUUCCUGCCUGGAUUGUUCAUUGCCUGUAAUCAAACCAUCCUUUUUGUGUUUACCUUCCAAGGUCAAGGCACAUGCUUUCAAAAACAGAAACCAGCUCUUGUAUGCUGGUCUUUGAUGCUGAUGGCACUGCAUCUCAGUUGACACAACCACAAAAUUUAUAAUGUGUGUUGUAAUGCCGUAAGGUUGUGAAAAGAUCCUUUUCAUAACAUUUUUUAUGAAGGUGAAAACCAUUCAAGGUACACAUAGGCCUUCAUAGGUAUAAGUAAACAAUUACGGAUCACCCAUUAAUCUAACAGUACAAAAUGGUCUCAAACCUUCACUGUGCAUAUAUCUCAUGUUGACUUUCAUUUCCAUUUUUACUGGAGUUUGAAAUUGUUUUAAUACCUGCAGUUAUAAGAAAAUUUUGAGAAGGUGGUAGGAUACAA